AAGUGACAACUGACAAGUGACAAUGUCAAAAUAGAAAUUAAAUUAAUUAAAAGUCUUUAAAGUUUUCGCUGUUUUCGGUUUUCCUGCUAAGAAAAAACAAUUAUUGAAGAAUUUUAAAUUUCAUUAAUUUCUGGAAUACCAAUCAAAUGGAAGUAAAACAUGAAGUUAUGGAAGAGACGUGUAAAAUAGAAAUAGUUGAUAACGAGCUGCAUAAUGCUCAUCCAGAUACCUUUAAAACUGAGAUUAAGGAAGAACCCCAUACAGAAAGUGCACAGAAUGCAUUCGAUGAUUUAAACUAUAAGAUAUUAAAGACAGACAUAAAAUACGAUGAAGAUAAACUGUGUCCCCUUGACGUAAAACAAAGUUUCGUAUGUGAAGAUACAUCAACUGAUGAAUGCAACGAAUUAAGAGAUCACGAUAUAAGUAAGCUAUUGACCCAAUGUUCAACUGCCGUAAAGAAAGUGAAGGCUGUAGAAAAACAUUUUGUAUGUGAAAUAUGCACCAAACAGUUUGCACAAAAGGCUCGCUUAAAAGUUCACAUGAUAAAGCAUAUUGGAGAAAAACAAUUUGAAUGUGAAAUAUGCACAAAACAGUUUACACAAAAGGCUCACUUAAAAGUUCACAUGAUGACGCACACUGGGGAGAAACCUUUUGCAUGUGAAAUAUGUGCCAAACGGUUUUUACUAAAUGCACAUUUAAAAGACCAUAUUAUAUCAACACAUUCUCAAGAAAAACCAUUUGAAUGUGAAAUUUGCACCAACCGGUUUGCACGCAGUUAUUCUUUAAAAGUACAUAUGAAAAGGCACACUGGAGAAAAUCUUUUUGAUUGUGAAAUUUGCAAUAAACAGUUUACACAAAAGCCUCACUUAAAAUACCAUAUGUCAACCCAUUCUCAAGAAAAACCAUUUAAAUGUGAAAUUUGCACCAACCGGUUUUCACGCUGUUCUACUUUAAAAGCACAUAUGAAUCUUCACACUAAGGAAAGUCAAUUUAAAUGUGAAAUAUGUACCAAAAAGUUUAUAACAAAUGCUAGACUAAAAAAACAUAUGGCGGUACAUGCUGGUGAAAAACUUUUAGCGUGUGAAGUUUGCACCAAAAAGUUUUCAAGCAGUUCUUAUUUAAAACUACAUAUGAAAAUUCACACUGGAGAAAAUCAAUUUGAAUGUGAAAUAUGCACCAAACAGUUGGUAACAAAUGCUAGUCUAAAAAGACAUAUGGCAGUACAUACUGGUGAAAAAUCUUUAGCGUGUGAAGUUUGCACCAAACAGUUUUCAUGCAGUUCUUAUUUAAAACUACAUAUGAAAAUACACACUGGUGAAAGUCAAUUUGAAUGUGAAAUAUGUAAAAAACAGUUUAUAAAAAAAUCUUCACUAAAAAAACAUAUGGCAGUACAUACUGGUGAAAAGUCUUUUGCAGGUGAAGUUUGCACCAAACUUUUUAGUCAAAGCUCUUCUUUAAAAGUACAUAAUAUGGAAAUGGACACUGAAAAAAGGCAAUUUGAAUGUGAAACAUGUUCCAAACAGUUUUCACAAAAUACUCAUUUACAAUACCAUAUGUUAACGCAUUCUCAAGAAAAACCAUUUAAAUGUGAUAUUUGCCCCAGGAAGUUUUCAAAAAAUGCACAUUUAAAAGACCAUAUGCCAACACAUUCUAAAGAAAAACCAUUUGUAUGUGAAUUUUGCACCACAAAAUUUUCAAGAAAUUCUUAUUUACAAUUUCAUAUGAAAGUGCAUACUGUAAAAACAGUUUGAAAUGUAAUGGCACCAAAGGUACUGUUGUGCUAGUCCCGUAAUUAAACUAGGCGCCAGAUCGAGUUGUUUACCAAAAUACGGCGUCCGAAUUUCUACCUGUCUAAAGCUCUGGUUUCCUCGAAAGCGGCACCGACAAACUGCGACCGUAGCACUGCGAUGAAUUACGUCAGAUUACGGUGAAAAAUUCAAGGUUCUUCACUGCGGCAAUGGAAUGUGCAAACUCAGCAAGCGGUGGCUUCCAACGCAUCCUUGGAAACCACCGCUAUUAUUUUGCAUGGUACAGCUUUUUAUGACGUCAUUCAUCGCAGCGUUACGGUCGCAGUUUGUCGGCACCGCUUUCGAGGAAACCAGCGCUUAGGGAACCUUUGAGACAUCGCCAGAAGCGAGUUCCAAUACCUUUUAGGAAGUGCAGCGUUAAAUGGCUGGUAUUCGAUUGAUCUUCGAGAUUCUUCCAGUACUUGAUCCAAAUUAUAUAAAUAUACAUUUUAGGUUUGGACGAUUCAGUGUGUUUUACAUUGUCGGCGCGAUUUAUGAAAUGUAUGUAACGGGUACGGUAUUUUGAAAUGUAAUUAUUGUAAUUCGGAAUAUUAAAUAAAUUAAUUAUUAUGUGUAAA